AACGCAGCUAUAGACUUGUGGCUAACUUCAUGUCAAACAUUCACAAAAGUUUGAUUUUAAUAAUUUUUCCAAAAACUCUAAAACACCGUGGACGAUCUUGUUGAUUACGAAUAUCAUAAACAGAAGAAAAGAAAAGUAUAUACUUGACAUAAAUACAUUGAAAUGACAAGUCAAAAGCAGAUUUCUUGUGGAUUGGAUUUCUGUUGUGCUGCAAAUUUAAAUGAUUGUCUAUUCACCGCAAGUUCCUCAAAAUAUGAUUUUAUCUGCGUUCCCUUGGUACAUCCUUUGUUUAAGAGGGAAUUUAUUUCGGGUCCUGCCAAGAAUCGUCCAGGACCUUUUACUAGACCUGAUUUAAUUUUAAAUAGUUCAGAUUGGAAUAAUUUAAUAAUUGGUAAAUUCUCAUCGUAUAUUAAUGUGGACUCUACCAAUCCAAUUGUUAGAAAAAAUAGUGAAGAAGCCUUGAAUCAAGAAUUAUCCCUAGCUAUGCAUUUUGGCCUGUCAGGUGUAACAUUUAAAUUGAUGAGUGGUAUAAAUAAAAAUAUGAAUUUCGCAAGAAUUAUUUGCGACAAAUUGACAAGUAAUUGCAUUUUCCAGAUUUGGAUACAAGUACCUAUGGAAAAUCCAAUUAGGCAAGCCUAUUCUUAUAGAAAAGAGGACUGUCCAGUGGUAGAAAAUCCAUGGGAAUGGUGGAAUGCAUUUAGGAUAAUAUGUGACUACAAUAGAAAAUUAGGAGUUGCAUUAAUUGUUAGUCAUGAUGUGCCUGAAUCAGAGGAGAUUGAUAGGUGGCUCGGAGAACCAGUAAAGUGUUUGAUUUUACCAACAACGAUAUUUUUAACUAAUAAGAAAGGAUAUCCGGUGUUAAGUAAAGCACAUCAAACAUUAGUAAAAAAAUUUGCCACAUUAGAAGUACAAUUUAUAUUAAAGGGUGCAUCGCGUUACAAAAGUAUUAGCUAUUAUCACAACUAUCUUGACUAUUUGUGGAAGGGAUGCCAAACUAAUGGAGCAGUGGAAAGAUUUGCUCGUGGGUAUGAAGAUUACUUGCAGUGUCCAUUGCAACCUCUAAUGGAUAAUCUUGAGUCGCAAACUUACGAGAUAUUCGAAAAAGAUCCUGUGAAAUAUCGAGAAUAUCAGAACGCUAUAUACGAAGCCAUUCAAGAGAUUAUGCCCAAAGCUAAGGUGGAAGAGAGAAAAGUGGUAAUCAUGGUGCUUGGUGCUGGGAGAGGACCACUUGUAACUGCAUCUCUGAAUGCUGGAAAUAUGGCCUGUCAAGAGGUGAAGAUAUACGCCGUGGAGAAGAAUCCUAAUGCUAUAUUAACUUUGCAGGCUCUCGAGAGAGACUUGUGGCAAGACAAAGUCACAGUGGUAUCAUGUGAUAUGAGAGAAUGGGAUGCUCCUGAAAAGGCCGAUAUUAUUGUUUCCGAGCUACUCGGAUCUUUUGGCGAUAACGAGUUGUCACCCGAAUGCUUGGACAAUGUUCGAAAGUUUUUACAAGAUGACGGGAUUAGUAUACCGCAAUCAUACACUUCGUACAUCGCUCCUAUACAGUCCUCUAAGUUGUAUAACGAAGUAAGGCAGCUCCGAGACAAGGAUAAACAUCCAUUGUCCAGUUUCGAGACUCCUUAUGUGGUGCAUUUUCAAAAUAAGUACGAUAUAGCCAGCCCACAACCACUUUUUACAUUUGUACACCCAAACAGAGCUAGUGUUAUUGAUAACUCGAGAUAUGAAACAAGAGCUUUUCACGUGGAACAAGAUUGCGUGUUACAUGGAUUUUCAGGAUACUUUAUGACAGUUCUAUACAAAAAUAUUACAUUGAGUAUAGAACCUAGUACAUAUAGUCCGGAGAUGUUUAGUUGGUUCCCAAUCUUCUUCCCACUCAAGGAGCCGGUGCAUUUGAAGGCAAGUGAUGAAUUAGUGGUUCACUUCUGGCGCAGAUGUAGCUCCAAGAAAGUAUGGUACGAAUGGUGCAUCAGUAAGCCCAUUCCAAUCUCGAUUCAUAAUCCAGGUGGACGUUCUUACACUAUUGGAUUGUAGUGUUAUGAUUUUAUCAAUAUAUACUGUUUGUUUAUUCAAGAAAGUCAAUAAUAUGUGAUGGAUGAACAGCUUAUGUUGGGAUUAUAGUCGAACUUUUGCAGACGUGGUUUGCAACAAAUAUCUAGAUAACGUUACAUCAUCCGAAAUAAUAUUUUUGUAUUUUCAUUUGUAAUUUGUAAAGUUGCCUAGUGCCAUUAAUGUAUUAGCUGCAGGGAAAAUGACGUAUCUCAUUCUUAAGGAAAUAUGGAAGAUUGAUAUAUAUAUAUAUAUAUAUAUAUAUAUUUGACGUAAACUUAAUGCAACUUGAAUUUAGUUUUAUCAAUAGAUGUACUUACAAAGACAGAUAGUUGUUUCUAACAUAUACUCAUCUGUAUAAAUAAUAAUCAUUGACAUUAUUAGAAAAAAAGAAAAGAAAACAGGAAGAUGAAAGGUAAUUGAUGCUUAGAAAGAUAAGAUAGAUAUUUAUCUUCUAGUGAAGCUUUUUUAUACACCUACAACGCCGACACAUAAGACGAUAGAUUAUAUUAAUAAGUAUUAUGAUAACGUAUACACACACAGUAUCACAUAAUACGCCAUAUGUAUGACGAUGAUCUCUGAGGUCACUGGAUAUCAAAUUUUGAUAACAUGUUUACGAUAUAUCCAUAUAUGUAAAAUGUGCGUUACUAUAUCUUCUUAAACUCAUGCGAUUAAAUAUAUCGUUUGAAUAACAUUACAUAAA